AUGUUAAUGGUUGUACCUGAAAAAUCUGCAAGUACAAUUGAGGAUAUGAUGGCUCCAAUUAUGAUGGGAAUACUUCUAAAAUUAUUAGCAAUGAUACCAAUGGUGUUAGUUAAAAUUGGUUUCUUUGCCAUAACAUCAUUAUUAGGCAGUAUAAUUUCAUUAGUGGAUAUGAUGAUGAUGAUGCCACCACCGAACAUGAUGGAUAUGACGAUGAAACCGUAUCAUAUGCAGCCAGAACCAGAAAUAAUGCAUAAAAGUCCAUUUUCAGAUCCAUCACCGUUCAAAACAAAAUUCCAAAAAUUUGUUGAUACUAAGCGGGAUUUAAUAAAUAAUUUAUUUGGUAACGAUGAAGAUGAUCAAAAAACAAGUUCGUCACAUCAUAUUUACCGAAUUCAUAAUGGCCAUCAUGAAGGACAGCACAGUAGAUCGAAUGAUAAAAAUGAACAAAAAUUACGAGAAAAUGGUGAACGUUUAGAUGAUUGUGUGAAAAAUCCAUUGCAAUGUCAAGGAUUAGGAUUAGCAAAAAAUAUAGUGAAUUCAGUGUCGGCGACCAAACCAACUGAGGAUAUUAGUUUAGGGGAUGGGAUAGACAUUGUCCCAUCCACGGAUAAGUCUAAUGUAUUAGCUGCUGGGGCAAGAAGUAUGCUACCUGGUGAGACGGUACCUAGUGAAGACGGAGUAUUAAAUACAAUUCAAAAUUAUUUAACUGGCCAUGAAAUUCGAUUUAAGUUAAACGGUUUAUUACCAACUAGUGAAGGUAUGAAAUCAUCAUUUAGCAGUUCGUUGUUGGAAGGUUUAACUAGUGGAAUUGAAUCUGCCAGAGGUAAAAAGGAUAAAGGAGGCGGUAUGCUCUUGGUUAUGGCUAUGAUGAUGGGAAAAAUGAUGAUGACUAUGGGUUUUGGAGGUAUUGGCUUAUUGACAAUGAAAGCUCUUAUGGUCUCUGCACUCGCUUUAAUGUUAUCAACCAUCUUAGGUAUAAAGAAAUUAGCCUCAUCCGGUCAUGAAGAAAGUGGUCAUCAAGUAAUUUAUGCUGGACAUCAUGAUGGCCAUCAUAGAAAACGACGAUCAACAUUUGAUAAUCAAAUCCCAUUACCUUAUCGUGGAUGGGUUGAAUAUAUUAAACAGUUACAGUAAUUUGAUUGAUGAGGACACAACCAUUUUUCACAUUUCUACACACACUACAAUGUAGUGGGUGUAGUGUGUUUUUAUUUAUUUUUUUUUGACUCCUUACGUAUUGACGCAACUAAUUGACACAACGAGAC